GGAUUCUGGCAGUGUAGCUGCGAGAACCUUUCCACGCGCACGACCUACGGGGACCGUUUCCGGACGGUUUCUGAUUGAGUUUGGCGCUUUUUACCCAAACUUCGGAGGGGCGAAGAGCCUCCACCCACCUCCCUUCUCAUGGGACUUUGCGGACAGAGCGCCCCGACCGCCUCGAGCGCUCGAGCAGGGCGCUCUCCAGGAGCCAGGACGGCGUCGGGAACCACACUAUGGCUCCCGGACCCCAAGACCCUUAAGUUUGUUUUCGUCAUCGUCGCGGUUCUGCUGCUGGUCCAAGUUGACUCUGCCACCGUCUCCCGGAAGGAUGAAGUUCCCCCGCCGCCAGUGGCCUCAAAGCAACAGAGGCGCAGCCUCGAGGAGGAGUGUCCAGCGGGAUUUCAUAGAUCAGAACAUACUGGAGCCUGUAACCCGUGCACAGAGGGUGUGGAUUACACCAUUGCUUCCAACAAUUUGCCUUCUUGCCUUCUAUGUACAGUUUGUAAAUCAGGUCAAACAAAUAAAAGCUCCUGCACCACGACCAGAGACACUGUGUGUCAAUGUGAAAAAGGAAGCUUCCAGGAUGAAAACUCCCCUGAGAUGUGCCGGAAGUGCAGCACAGGGUGUCCCAGAGGGAUGAUCAAGGUCAGUGAUUGUACGCCCUGGAGUGACAUCAACUGCAGUGCAUCAGCUGCCAGUUCCACUGGGAAAACCCCCGCGGCGGAAGACACAGUGCCCACCAGCCUGGGGACUCCUGACCUUUACGGUCUCAUAGCCGGCGUCGUUACAGUCUUCAUCAUUCUGUUCGUGGCUGCGUUUGUUUGCAUUUUACGUCGGAAGAAACUCAUUUCUUCACUGAAAGGCAUCUGCUCAGGUGGUGGAGGGGACCCCGAACGUGUGCACAGAGUCUAUUUCCGGCGUUCACGUCCUUCACGAGUUCCUGGGACGGAGGACAAUGCCCGCAACGAGAGCCUGAGUACCAGAUUCUUGCAGCCCACCCAGGUCUCUGAGCAGGAAAUCAAAGGUCAGGAGCCAACAGAGCCAACAGGUGUGACUGUACAGUCGCCAGAGGAGCCACAGCGUCUGCUGGUGAGUUGAGGAGGGACUGUGCCAUGCCUGGCCUGCUGCCUGCACAGGACUUUGAGGACAGUGGGAGAUGGCAUCAACACCUUGCUGGAUGCCUCGGCAACACUGGAGGAAGGACAUGCAAAGGAAACAAUUCAGGACCACAUGGUGGACUCUGAGAAGCUCUUUUAUGAAGAAGAUGACGCAGGCUUUGCUACGUCGUCCCUGUGAAAGAAUCUCUUCAGGAAACCAGAGCUUUCCUCAUUUACCUUUUCUUCUAGAAGGGGAAGCAGCCUGGAAGAGACAGUCCAGUACUUGAACCAUGCCUCAACUAACUCUGCUAUCCAAUAUGGUGCAGCUUACCAAAGGUCCUAGAACUUUGUCAAUGCACUUGAAGUAAUUUUUAUGAAAUACUGCGUGUGAUAAGGAAACUGGGGAAAUUUGUAUAAGACACUUGGCGGCAUAGAGUUAUACGAUUAUGUAUUAACGGUGGUUUUCGUCCAAGUGCGGUGGCUCAUGCCUGUAAUCCCACCACUUUGGGAGGCUGAGGUUGGUGGAUCGCUUGAGUUCAGGAGUUUGAGACCAGCCUGGUCAACAUAGUGAAACUCCGUCUCAAUUUAAAAAGAAAAAAAGUGGUUUUAGGAUGUCAUUCUUUCCAGUUGUUCAUCAUGAGACAAGUCUUUUUUUCUAUUUCUUAUAUUGCAAGCUCCAUCUCUACUGGUAUGUGCAUUUAAUGACAUCUAACUACAGAUGCCGCAUAGCCACAGUGGUUUACCUUAUAGUUUUUUAACUUUAGAAUGGGAUUAUCUGGUUAUUAGCUGUAUUUUCAGUUUAGGAUAUUUCUGAGUUAAUAAUGAGAUUAUCAAGACAUAGUCCUAUGCUAAGUCAUGAGCAUAUGGAUUUAUGAGGGUUCGACUUAGAGUUUUGAGCGUUAAGAUGGGAUUAUUGGGGCUUACCCCCACCUUAAUUAGAGAAACAUUUGUAUUGCUUAUUACUGUAUGCUGUAUUAUCUAUUUUCCGAUUUUUGUAUAAUGAUGUAAGCAUGGAAAAACUCUAGGAAAUGCACUUAUUAGGCUGUUUACAUGGGUUCCCUGGGGGUGCAAA